GUGCUGCCGAUCGGCGCUUGCUUGGUUGACUCGUUUGUUUUUGGUUCGGUUCAGUUUUAGUUGCGGUGUGAUCGCGUAAGUGUGGCCGGUUGUGUUUGUGAUAUUUGUGUCGUGUGAAUCAUGAAGUGUUCGCAGUGUUUGCAUUUACAUAGGAAUAAUAGGAAGUGUUCGUUCUUCUAGAUGGUAAUUGAAAUAAGAAAAUUUGUUGAGUAAGGAAUGGUUUAAAAUGCGACUAAAAGGACUUUCUUAACCUAGCUUCCACAAUCACAUGUUACUCACAGUGUAUUUGUUUAGGUUUACCGAAAAUCUCUUCAAUCUUUGUUGUACAUUGUUAACAUUUCUUAGAAAUCCUUGCAUAUUAAAACCUGAACAUGGAUAUGUUUUGGGCGAUUGUUUGUGGAGCAUUGAGUUUUGUAUUUUUGUGUCCCUGUUCCGCUUCACAACAUUCGAGUUCGCGCGUCUCAGACCGCGACAGUUUGCCGCACCAUGGACGCUGUGAACCUAUUACAAUACCGUUCUGCAUGGAUAUAAAGUACAACGAGACCAUAAUGCCCAACCUUCUCAACCACCAAAAGCAAGAAGAUGCCGGACUUGAAGUGCACCAGUUUUUCCCUCUUGUAAAGGUGAAGUGUAGUCAUGAUUUGCAGUUCUUUCUAUGCUCGAUGUAUGCUCCUGUCUGUACCAUUCUGGAUGUACCAAUACCUCCAUGCAGAUCGUUGUGUUUGUCAGCGAGAAACGGGUGUGAAGAUCUGAUGAAUAAGUUUGGAUUCCCAUGGCCAGAGGAUUUAGAUUGUGCAAAGUUUCCUGAAGCAGGGGGCCAAGAUAUUUGUGUUGGUGAAAAUAAUACAUCAGGCGCUCGAGGUGGCACGUCUCCUUCUCACUCUGAUGGUGGCGGUGGUUUCCGCAGCAACCCGGCAUCAAGGCCUGGUCUAAUGGGGCCUAUAUCGCCUCUGGUGCCUCAUUCUCCGCCUGAUGGUGCCAAAGACUUUGGUUUCAUCUGUCCGGUUCACCUGAAAGUGCCCAAAGGUAUGGACUACUCACUGAAAGUAAUGGAUAAAGUGGAAAAAGACUGUGCGGCUCCUUGCGAUGGAGUCUUCUUUACAGAAGAACAACGACGGUUCGCUCGAGUCUGGGUGGGUGUUUGGUCAGUGCUGUGUGCUGCCUCGUGUCUGUUUACUGUGCUCACAUUUGCCAUAGACACAGAUCGUUUUCGGUAUCCUGAACGGCCAAUCAUUUUCCUGUCGCUGUGCUACCUGAUGGUGGCAUCAGCUUACGUGGUCGGCUUUGGGUCGGGUGAUUCGAUAGCGUGUCGCAAGCCGUUCCCUCCGCCAGCUCAACUGCCUCACAUGCAAAUGCCUUCAACUGUUGCCCAGGGCACAAAGCAUGAGGCCUGCACUGUCAUCUUCAUGGUGCUCUACUUCUUCGGCAUGGCCUCGUCCAUCUGGUGGGUGGUGCUCACUCUCACGUGGUUCCUGGCAGCCGGCCUCAAAUGGGGCCACGAAGCAAUCGAAGCCAACUCCCAGUACUUCCAUCUAGCUGCUUGGGCAGUGCCCGCUAUCAAAACCAUCACCAUCCUUGCUACUGGAAAAGUUGAAGGUGAUAUCCUGGCAGGCGUGUGCUAUGUGGGCGUGUGGAACGCGGAGACGCUGCGCGCAUUUGUGCUGACUCCGCUGCUGGUCUACCUGGCGCUGGGAACCAUCUUCCUGCUGGCCGGGUUCGUGUCCCUCUUCCGCAUCCGCACUGUCAUGAAGCAUGACGGCACAAAAACCGACAAAUUAGAGAAGCUCAUGAUCAGGAUCGGCGUGUUCAGCGUGCUGUACACAGUGCCAGCGCUGGUGGUGCUCGGCUGUCUGUUCUACGAGCAGGCCUACCUGGACCACUGGAUGCUGGCGUGGAACGUGGAUCUGUGCACCCGCAACCCGUCACUAGCCGUGCCGUGUCCGUGGAGCCGCGACGCCGUGCGCAAGCCCGACUUCGAGGUGUUCAUGAUCAAGUACCUGAUGGCACUCAUCGUCGGCAUCACAUCCUCGUUCUGGAUCUGGUCGGGCAAGACGUUCAACAGCUGGCGACUCUUCUUCCACCGGCUGCGUGGCACGAGGGUCGAAGCCUACGUCUGAGCAACCCUCACCAACACCUUCCUACCCACCAACUGUAAAUAGCCCAACACUGUACAUUGUUAUGUUAGUUACUGCAGCCGACAAACAAUUGAUGAAAAAUUCGUUCACAUGCCAUUUUUUCCAUUCUAUAUUUUACAAUUAGACGUGACUAUCUUUUUACUUUAUCUGAACAUUCUAUAUUUUAGAAUGAUACGUGAUUAUCUUACUACUUUAUCUGACCAUGCCAUUGUCACAUUUAAGAGGAUGUUGGUACGGUAUUCCCGUCGCGGAAGAAGGGAUCUAAUGUAGCUCUUAGUUAUUCGGUAUACAUUUUGACUUCUAUCAGAUUUGAUAGCAAUUGAAUGAAUUAUUAUUCGCUAGAAUGAAUUCUAAUGCACCUCGCAGUAAUUCAGCAUAUUUUUCAAUAUCUGUACCUUUUGAUAUGCAUGAAAUGCAUUUUUUGUGGGUUUGAUUGAUCAGUUUUGAUAGAUUUGAUAUCAAUAUAAUUAAGUUAUUAUUUUUCAAGAGAGGUUCUAAUUAGUUGGUUUUCAACUUCUAUCAGUUUUGAUAGGAUUGAUUGAUUCGAUGAAUCAUAUUAUUGGGAAAAGGGAUUCUAAUACAUUUUAGUUAUUCAGCAUAUUUCUAUACUACUAUGAGAUCUUGUUUGUAAGUUGUGUUUUUCCACAAGGUUUUGCAUGUUUCAUUGAAACAAUAUGAUAAAAUAAAUGAAUAUUGUUGAACAAUAUUUCUCUCACUGAAGAAGUACAUACAGUAGAUAUUUCAAUUUAUGUUGCUGAAACUCAUUACCUUUUCCCAAUGAGUGAUUCAAUUUGUUCAUGAGUUUCGAUGAGUCAAUUUUCUGUGUUUUAGCAGGUCAUACUCAAAUUCGAAAUAUUCUAACUUUUAUAAUAAAUCUGCUCUCUGUUAUCAUAUUUCCUUAUUCAUUUUUUUAGUUUAGGAUCUCUCUGUCAUUUUGUGUUAGUUAUAGUAUAAUUUAUUUAUUUCAUUAGUAUGUUCAAAUCAGUAAAGCAUUUCUGAUUUAGUAAUUUGGUUACAAAUCGUCUGACACAUCGUACUUUAAUAUUUACGUUUUCACUUGGAACAAUAUGAUGAGCUCUGAACCUGUUUGACGUAGUAUACCUACAUUAUGUGUAUAGUAACGUAACGUGUAUCACAACGCAAAAAAUUAUUCCUCAAGGAAUUUAUCGAAUAUUCUUGUUGGAAAAUUAAAAAAUUACUGAGACAGGACUUUAGUAAAGCAUGACUUGUAAAAUUAUUCAGUGUGUUACGGAUUUUUCAUCAUUAUCAUUAAUAAUAAUAAAUGUAUAAUUUGUACAAAUGACACUUUCAAUUGGAUAGUAACUUAUAAGCUGAACAAUAUCCUAUUACUUUGUCAAUGAUCGCUCAACUUGAAUCAAAUAGGAAGCAAUUAAAAUAAUUUUUAUCAACAAAAUGCCGAGAAUUUUUAUAAAAAUGCGAAAUUAACUGGAGAUCAAUUAUUAUAGAUAAAUUUGAUUAUUUCUGUGCUUAAGAAUCAUCCAGUAUUUUCUAAUUGUGACAGUUUCAUUAGAACAUUUUGAAUAGGCUGUGUAGAAGGUGUUUAUAAAAGCUUAUAACUAUAAUACUCCUUAUUGGCUCUUGAACAUGAGAUGUUUGGAGAAAUGUUUCUACUGAAUUGUUGUAUCCAACCGCCUUCGCAAUAGUAAUAAUACAAAAUGAAAGUACACUGCCUAACCAUCAGGUAAUUUGUCAUCUUGAGUGAAUUUAAUAUUGUAAGACUGAUUCUCUCAUAAUUGAAAGUCACAAGCAGCCUUCUUAAGAAAUUAAUGCCUUUUUUGGGCCUACUUUAUAACAUCGUAUUGAAGAAUCACAUCUCGGAACUAUUGUAGGUGUCACUUCUAACAACAAUAUCAAUCAAAUAAUUAGCUCUAUAAGUUUAUAUUAAUUGUAAUCUGUUGGAUGAUUAUUAAAAGCGUGUUAUAAUGCAGUUCUCUGUAAUCAAUUCAGUGUUUGGGAUAUUUCUUGAAGUAUUUGCAUGCUUGUGGAAAAAUCAAGGUACUAAAAUAACAAAUUAUAUUGAUGGUAAACAUUGCUUGGAACUUUACUGAGAGUGUCUGUUAUUAAUUUCUCUUAGUAAGUAUAACAUAUUUAUUCAUUUACGAACUAUCUAAUUGUUGUCUUAUCAUUAUUGAUGUCUCAUGAAAUUAAUUGGCAUGUUCUUGACGUUAGAGAUAAGAAAAACCUUUUUAUGUGUGAUCUCUAUGUGUCAUCUAGUGCUUUUCUAUAUUUCAUCAAUUUAUUCCAACUUUGAAUACAUUAUUAAAUGGCUAAACCAAUUUGAUAUUAUACUAUUUUUGUGAUGUAUGAUGAAAAUUUAAUAUUGAUGUAUGAGUUUCACAUCAGAUUUAUGUGCUUACAAGAUACAGUUAUAUCGGCUACAAAUGGAAACUGGGGGAAUAAUCAGCUUGAGUUCUCUCAAUUAAAUGUAGUACCUUAUAUUUUUAUGAUUUUUGAUUCCAAGAAUAUUCUAUAAUUCUAUUCAACAACAAAAUGACUGUUCUCGUUGUCUAGGUUGGUAAUUUUUCUUACUUCUGUUCUGAAAUAAUCUAAAUUAUUCUAAAUUUAUUUGUAUUUAAUUCUGCUUAGUUAAUGCGUAGUCUUCCAUAUUCGGUUUGUCUUCAAAACAGAUCUGUACUAUUUCUAUUGAGAUUAUAAUGGAUUUUGAACUAAUUUCAAGAAUAUAUGACUGCCGUUCCAAAGUUAGGGAGAAGUACUGUAUAUCUAAUAAUUGUGUACCUAGUUAGUUUUCAUACUCUUUUUUGUAAAUAAUGUACAGAUUUAUAUUUUAUAAUUGACUUCUUUUGAUUUCGACUUGUAAUAUUUUGUGUAUUUAGCCGCCUAGUUACUCAUUAGUUGAUUGUUCAAAUUAUUGUGAAACAUAAAUCCCAUUUUGUGAUUAUCAAGCUCAACAUUUGAACAAUUCACAAACGAUUAGAUGUUUCAGUGUACAUAAUUUCUAGUCAGGUUAUUUUUAGAAUAAUACGAUUUUGUUGAACAAAACCAUGAAUGAGAUGAUGACUGGUAGUCGGAAAUUGAUUUAAUGAAUGUGUUUCCUGUGGAAUCUGAAGAGAGUCAUGUUAUGACUUAUCAUUUUUGAAGAUAAUCUCAUGAACAUCAGUGGUACCUGAAAUGGAUAUUAAACUAUUCUAGUACAUAGUAAUGUACUAUUAUGUUUCAAAGGUUCCAACUAUUAUUCAAUAAUAUUAUGUCAUGAGAAAUGCAAAACAAUACUCAUUUACUAGUGAUUCUCCAUUCAAGAUUGAAUUAUCUUAAUCUUAUUUGUAUGUCUUUCGGCUGAUAUUGUUAUAAAAAUAUAUCACAGUCGUUCUGCAGAAAAGGCCAAUAAAAUUAUCAAAAUUUCUGUAUUACUCUUUCCCAAGAUUUAGUUGUAUUAGUAAUUCACAUAAAGAAAUUUGUAUCUCAUGUUGUGAUAUUUGGAAACUUAUACAUCACAUUUUUUCCAUAAUUUUGUGAAUAUUCCUCGUGAGAUUAUUUAAUUUUAUUACUAGACUAUCAACAUCACGGUGUUUGUAACUAGCUGUUUGAUGUAGUUCUACUUUGGCUGAAAUGCCAUUGAUAACCCAAACACAUUUUCUAUUCUGUUCUAUUUACCUGUGCUUGGAGAAACAAUAUGUUAUUAUGUAUUAUUUCUUUCAAAAGCUGUUAUUUGACUGAUGUACCAUUAGUUUUUACAUUAAUGACUCUAAUUAACAAAAAGUUGGAUUUUGAAUCUGGUUGUUGAAUGAUAAUUAUUGUGAAAGUUCAUCUAUUUUGUUGAAUGUAACUAGAAACAUUAUAUUGUAAAAAUAAUAAAAAAAUGUUGAAUAUGAA